GACACUAGACAAGGUAUUUUGUCGCGAUUCCCUAGGCUCUUCAGACCACUGAUUGGCGUUCGUGCAAGUUUGACGUGACUGUUUGAAACUAGAACUGCAAAAUGGUAAAUUGGAAGUGCAAAGUGGUCAUCUGUGUGCUUAGUGUACUCGGGCUAGCGAGUUUUGCGAAUGGCCAAAUCCCUGGAUUGGGUGGUUGUCCAGAUUUUAGUCCCAUACAUCGCUUUGAUCGUAUGGCUUUUCUGGGUACCUGGUACGAAGUGGAGAGGUACUUUACCGUGAGUGAAGUGGCUACCAAAUGUGUAGCGGCAACGUACGAACUGCUGCCGGAUGGGAACAUUUACGUUAGAAAUGCGCUUACCAAUCGAUUUAGUAACGUGGAACGCAUCAUCUCUGGCGUGAUGGAAGCUCCCGGCAGGUCCAAGGACGGUAAAUACAUCGUACGCUACCAAUCCUUCCCGUACAACUAUAACGCCACCUUUAUGGUUCUGGACACCGAUUACACCAGCUUCGCUGUGAUUUACUCCUGCAGCCCAAUUGGUCCGAUUGGUCACACCGUAUCCGCCUGGAUAUUGACCCGCGAACGAUUCCCACCCGGCCCGGUGGUGCAACGGGCCUACGGAAUUCUGGACAAGUACGCCAUCAAUCGUACUUUCUUCCUGAAAACCGCACAGGAGGAUUGUGUCGUUCGGGCGCCCCCAAUACCGGCAAUUGAUCCCACGGUGCCGACGGUUGAUGGAACUGUAAUCAACACUGAGGAGGAGUUGGACCAGCUGAGGAAUGAUAUUUUCGCGAUGCCUCGAAAACCAACCCAGCACGAUCCGGUCGGGGAAGAAGAUGAUUAGAAUGGGCGAAAGAAUAUGUUCUAAACGCUAUAAUAAACGAUUGUUCUUACUGAUAUUUAACGAA